AUGGAGAGUAUGAUGGCUAAGUAUUGGUGGCAAUCCUCAAAUAACUCAUCUUCAGGUAUUCAUUGGAUAUCUUGGAAACGACUUUGUGGUCAUAAGGAUAAGGGAGGAAUGGGAUUUAGGAAUUCGCGAGAUUUUAAUCUUGCUUUGUUGGGUAAGCAAGGGUGGCGACCUUUGAUUAAUCCUGACUCUCUUGUAGCACGUGUGUUUAAAGCUAGAUACUUCCCCCAUGGCUCGUUCUUAAAUGCUACUAUUGGUUCGAAUCCAAGCUUUGUGUGGAGAAGUAUUUUGGAAGCUCAAUUCUUAGUGAAAAGGGGUUCUCGAUGGGUUGUGGGAGAUGGUACAAAUAUAUCCAUUUUAGGUGAGCCAUGGCUUCCGGAUGAUGAAAAUCCUAUGAUAAUUUCUACUCAUCGAAGUCUCACUCAUGCUAAAGUGUGCAAUCUGUUAAAAGUUGAUGGUUCUGGUUGGGAAGAAGAGAUCCUUGAUAAUUUGUUGCUGCCACGUGAUAGAGAGUUGGUGCGAUCCGUUGCUGUUCACUCAAGGCCUUCGAAUGAUGCUCUCUGUUGUAGUUUGGAGCUGUCGGGUUUGUACACUGUUAAGAGUGCUUACAAGCUAUUGGAGCAGCUCAAUGGAGAGUUUGAUCUUGAUGUCUCGGCUAAGGACAUAUUUUGGAGGAAAUAA